UGCUUUUUUGGAUUGUGUAAAUGCUUCAUUCGCCUCACAAACAACCACAGAACCACAAGUGCGGUGCAAACUUUCUCCAAGAGGACACAGCAAGAAGCCUUUGGUUUUUAAAUGGUUAAUCUCAACAGGUCACCAACAGCCACGAAGACCAUCAGAGUCAUAUAAGGCUUCAAAGAUUCUUUGCACCAGAAGAAACACCGGCAGGAGGGGAGAGCAAUGGCAUCGAACAGUCUUUUUAGCUCAGUGACACCUUGUCAGCAAAACUUCUUCUGGGAUCCCAGCACCAGCAGGAGGUUCAGCCCCCCUUCCAGCAGCCUGCAGCCCGGAAAGAUGAGCGAAGUCAGCCCGGUGGUGGCGGCAGCCCAGCAGCAGCAGCAGCAGCAACAGCAACAGCAGCAGCAGCAGCAGCACCAGGAGGCGGCGGCAGUGGCGGCGGUGCCCAGGCUUCGCCCGCACGAUAACCGCACCAUGGUGGAGAUCAUCGCCGACCACCCGGCCGAGCUGGUCCGCACCGACAGCCCGAACUUCUUGUGCUCCGUGCUGCCUUCACACUGGCGCUGCAACAAAACUCUCCCGGUGGCAUUCAAGGUGGUGGCUUUAGGAGAAGUCCCUGAUGGGACAGUGGUCACAGUCAUGGCUGGAAAUGAUGAAAAUUAUUCUGCAGAGCUGAGGAAUGCCUCAGCUGUAAUGAAGAAUCAAGUGGCGCGGUUUAAUGACCUGAGAUUCGUUGGCAGAAGUGGAAGAGGGAAAAGUUUUACUCUAACAAUAACUGUCCUUACAAAUCCUCCUCAAGUUGCUACAUAUCACAGAGCUAUAAAAGUGACAGUAGAUGGACCAAGGGAACCACGGAGGCACAGACAGAAGCUUGAUGACUCUAAACCUAGUUUGUUCUCAGAGCGUCUCAGUGAUUUAGGGCGCAUUCCUCAUUCCAGUAUGAGAGUAGGGGUCCCGACUCAGAGCCCACGGCCCCCCUUGAACUCUGCACCAAGCCCUUUUAAUCCACAAGGACAGAGUCAGAUUACAGACCCCAGACAAGCACAGUCAUCCCCUCCAUGGUCCUAUGACCAGUCUUACCCAUCAUAUUUGAGCCAGAUGACUUCACCAUCCAUUCAUUCCACAACUCCCUUGUCCUCCACACGAGGUACAGGGCUUCCUGCCAUCACCGAUGUGCCCAGGCGGCUCUCAGGUGCUUCAGAGCUGAGCCCAUUUUCAGAUCCCAGGCAGUUUACAAGCAUUUCAUCCCUCACUGAGAGCCGCUUCUCCAACCCACGAAUGCACUAUCCAGCCACCUUCACUUAUACACCGCCAGUCACUUCAGGCAUGUCAUUGGGUAUGUCAGCCACCACUCAUUACCACACCUACUUACCGCCACCUUAUCCGGGCUCUUCCCAAAACCAAAGUGGACCAUUCCAGACCAGCAGUACUCCAUAUCUCUACUAUGGCACAUCAUCAGGAUCAUACCAGUUCCCCAUGGUGCCGGGGGGAGACCGUUCCCCCUCCAGAAUGCUUCCUCCCUGUACCACCACAUCCAACGGCAGCACAUUAUUAAACCCUAACUUGCCUACCCAGAAUGAUGGUGUGGAGGCUGAUGGAAGCCACAGCAGCUCCCCAACAGUCUUGAAUUCUAGUGGCAGAAUGGAUGAGUCUGUCUGGAGGCCUUACUGAAAUUUUCUCUGCGGGGCGUAAAAUCAAUCAGACAGAAAGCAAACCAAUAAACAAACGAUUGUCAGCUGAUUAUAAAGUGCCUGUUUUUUUGUUUUGUUUUUGAAAUAGAUUCUGUUGAUAUGUGCAACUGAGUAGCUGGGAUGUUACCAGCUAAUUAUAUGCAUACAACAUGAGACUGACUUUCCACAUCAUAGUUCCAGUCAAUGUGGAUCAAAGCACAGUUUGUUUUCCUCCUGGGAAUGUUGUCUCAGUUUUAUAUUUUAAAAUAUAAUGAUCCAACCCCAAAAGAUGCCCAUUCUGUCUAGACUCCUUUAAAAAAAAGCGAGUUCUUUUGCCAAGAGAGGAGACAUGGACUCCUGCCAAUUGUCAAGACAACGCCUGUGCUUUAUUUGUUGUUCAAAUAAACAGAAGCAUCUUGAACUUCAGGUACGGUUGCAGUCAUACAAUCUCUAGGACCCUCACGCAUGCACAGUGUAAUUCACUCCGUGUGUUUGUGCACACAGAAAAAAAAAUGCUUCCAUUUAUACCAGAAUAUCUUCAGCUUACAGUAACUCCUCAGCCAUCUUAUCAAAGCCUUGCCUCUGAUGAAAGAGAAAACUUUUGAAGCACUUGGCUUUCUUCUUCUUCUUUUGCUGAAAUAGCACCCUAUAAGGUACCAAGACAAACUUGUUUGUUUUGUGUUAUACAUUUUUGUGAUUACCUUUGCCUUAGUCAAGUUAACCAAAAAAAUUAUUGGGGGAAAAUGUCCCCCAAACAAAACAAAACAAAACAAAACAAAACAAAAAACAAACAAACAAACCAAAUUCUGAUUUCUUAUGCAAGGAAAAAAAAAAAAGAAUGGCAAUAUAUUGUACUCAAACCAAAACAGUAUCAGUGGUAUGUGUGUGUGGCUAUCUUGUUUUAUUUUAUUAAGUUAUAAAUGUGUACAAAAUUGAGGUUAUAUGCAAAAAAUGAAUUGUCAUAUAAUUUUAAAGAAAUAUUUAUAAUUAUUUAAUAAUGUUUGGUCCCUUUAAGGUUUUUUAUAAUGUAAUGAUAUGUUGACUUCGGUCUCUAAAAAUGUCUGUUGUUUUUAAAUUGUGGCAGCCUUUGACUGGUACAGAAUAUCAGACCAUGCAUGAACUCUGAAAAGCAGUUCCAGUAUAAACUAUCUGCAAUAUCUAUUUUUUUUUAAAAAAAAUAAUAAUUAAAUGCUUCCAUCUCUAAAGAAUUCAGGUAUAAUCAUACAUUGGCUUAAUCUAUGGAGGAGGUACUGCUUUAAUUGUAACUGAAUAUUGGGUUGUCUUUUUUUAACCCGGUAAAAAUUAACUGGAAACAGAUUGAACAGGCAUUAUUUUGAAUACAUUACUCUACAAUCCCUCCAGGAGGUGGAAUCUAAAAGUCCAUGUGGACACUUCGGCUCUUAACACGGAGCCUUUUCAUCUCUGCCCUCCCCAAGGCUGCCUUCUGCACUGCAAAGCUCUGUCCCUCAAGAUUGGGGCCUUUAGUAGGAGGGUUUCCUGUCAAGCAGAAGAGACAUCCCCUCUCUCCCACACAUACAUUUCAAAUAUACAUUUAUCUUAUAUACAUAUGUUUUAAUCCCAGCCAGCUUCAUCUGGUGAAAUUCAAAAGUUUUCCAUGUUUUUCAAUCAGCCUUUGGGAAACAGUAAAACAGCCCUGCAUUGGCGCAAGGAAGGUUCUCCAAGAGACAUUUCAGAAUUCAUCCACUUACCUGAAAUCAGUAGCUUUCUGUUUAAGAACUCUUAAAUUAUUUUUUCAGGAACUAUACAUUAUGUUACAAGGCAUUGUAUUAAAGUGGAAUAAGCACAUGUGAACCGCUGCAGAGGCUCUCUGCAGUUCAGUGCUGCUCCAGCCUCUGGCAACAUAUAAUAGCUGAAGAUUGAUUAUAGAAGACAAUAUUUUCAUAAAGUCAGGUUCCGCUUUCCUAAUUGAAAAACAUGAAUAUUCCUGAAGCUCUUAAAACCAAUCAUCCAACAUUUACCAUUUAUCUUUUUUGCUGGUAAGAAAUUAGUUCCUUGGCAAGUAAGUGUUUUUGUCCCCAAUUAUUCUGUAGUCUUUGACCAUUCUUAUUUAGACUCAUGGUAGAUAGAAUUUGGCACUUUACACGAAAUCCAGCAACUUGUAGCUUUGUGCAUAGGCUCAAAUGAAACAGGCUGUGAGGAUGUGAGUGAAAGGUAGGGAGUGCAGGAGCUCUUUAAAAGAAGGUGUCACCUUCUUGAAAUUUGUUGUCUUUCUGUCCUCUAUUAUGGUCUCCUUUGUGCUGUCUUUAGCUUGAACUGUGUGCAACAGUCUUUUCCAUGGAUUGUGAUGCUGCUGAAACUAAGGAUAGUUAGAUGUAGUAUCUUUUGAACACCCAGUCAAUAAGAAAAUGGACAAUACAGUUGGGCAAUUUCAGUGACAGCUGAUAGCUAAGACAGCCCAAAUAAUGAUUCUAUAUCCCCAUGAAUUAUUCUUAGCAAAUUGAUAUAAUUCAUUUGCUCCUUAGGUAAAAUUAUUGGCCUUCUAAAGGUUAAUGAUCAAGUCCCCUUUUUAUAAAUAGGAGAGACUUUCCUGAUGUGUAAUUUUCUUCCAAAGAUGGAAGUUGCUAUUGAUCCUAUUUAUUGUUUGCGGUAGCUUGAAGCAUACCCUUGUCCAUUGAUUUUUAUCUAUAAGAUAAGUAUGUUCAUUUCAGCAGCACUUAAAAAUGCUAGUGUCUGGUUACACAUUUCAAGUUGUUUGGAAUAUUGUUGAUUAAACAAACCAAAAUAAGGACAUGAAUUGCCAGUGCAAAUGCUGUUGUGUAUUUAAUAAAAGGUACUAUAUUUGUACAUUAUUUUUAUUGCUGAGAAGGCCUUUUAAAAGAUAUACUAUAUGCAUCUUAAAUAAUUUUGUAGGGAUAUUUUUUUUGUUGCUACAGGGGCUGCGGGCAGCAACCCAAAUGCAUUUAAAAAGAAA